UUCGGAUUCAUGAUCCAAUAUCUCAAGUCAGGCACUUUCCGUUGUCAUCCUACCUCCAAAACUUGCCUAUGUUUGGGAAAUUGCCGCUCCUGUACAGUUCAUGCAAUAGAAUGAUACUUGUCAUCCAGCCAACAACAACACGUGAUGGCCAUGACGGAGAGACCCCUGCCGUUCGAGAAGAAAUCAAGAGGGAGGUUUUUGCCAUGUAGGCUGGUGUCAGCGCUAUGUUUUAUUUGCUUCAUGUUGGGCUUUCUCUCUACCCAACACAUCGGCGUGCUCCCUUCAUCCUCCUCGUCUGAGAGCAGACAAUCAUCAAAUUCUUCCGCUUCUACAACUACAUAUGAAUCUAAGGGUUCCAUUGAGUGUGCUCAUAAAAGAAGAUUAGGAGAGGACAUUCCGAAGGGCAUAAUGGGAGAAGUGUCAAGGACCCAGCAAGCCAUUCAGUCAUUGGAGAAGUCAAUAUCUUCACUUGAAAUGGAGGUUGCAGUGGCUAGAACUAGCAAAACUUGGGGACCUCCUUCCAGCGGAGGCCUCAAAAAGGCUUUCGUCUUCAUCGGGAUCAACACCGCCUUUAGCAGCAAUCGGCGACGCCAGUCGAUUCGAGAAACUUGGAUGCCUAAAGGUUCUAAGCUGGAGAGAUUAGAGAGGGAGAAGCGUAUUGUAAUCCGAUUUGUCAUCGGUCAUAGUGCCACACCUGGGGGAGCAUUGGAUCGUGCAAUUGAUGCGGAGGAAGCAGAAACAAAGGAUUUUCUAAGGCUUGAGCAUGUGGAGGGUUAUCACCAGCUAUCGACAAAGACAAGGGUGUUCUUCGCCACUGCAGUCUCCAUUUGGGAUGCUGAUUUCUACGUGAAGGUUGAUGAUGAUGUUCAUGUUAAUCUAGGGAUGCUGGUAACAACUCUUCUCCGCUAUAAACCCAUGCCCAGAGUGUAUGUUGGAUGUAUGAAGUCUGGGCCUGUUCUAUCACAAAAGGGGGUAAAAUAUCAUGAACCAGAAUUUUGGAAAUUUGGUGAAGAAGGCAACAAGUAUUUUAGGCAUGCCACCGGCCAAAUAUAUGCCAUCUCCAAAGAUCUUGCGGCAUAUAUCUCUAUAAAUGCGCCAAUAUUGCAUAGAUAUGCAAAUGAGGAUGUUUCUUUGGGUUCGUGGCUACUUGGGUUAGAUGUGCAACACAUAGAUGAUCGAACAAUGUGUUGUGGAACACCACCAGACUGCGAGUGGAAAAUGCAGGCAGGAAAUGUUUGUGUGGCAUCAUUUGAUUGGUCCUGCAGUGGGAUAUGCAAGUCUGCGGACAAGCUGAAAGAUGUCCACAAUGCUUGUGGAGAAGGUGAUAGUGCCAUUUGGAAUGUCUCUAUAUAAUAUGAAAUGAUUUUACCAUUUAUGGAUGGAUAAGCUUCAUUUAACAUUGCUGGAACAUUGUAUUUUAGUUAAUAUGAACCUUAGAAUUGAUGUGACAUGCAUUGCCCUGAUAUUUUUCUUAAACUAAAUCAGAAGCCUCAUAUACAUUGGGUUA